CGUUUUCCAAAAUGGACGCUGAUUUGUACGAUGAGUUUGGCAACUACAUUGGACCAGAUCUUGGCAGUGACGAAGACGAAAGUGAAGAAGAAUGGGAAAAAGAAGACCAACAGGAUGAUAUUGAGGUAGAGAGUUUAUUUUGUUGUUAAAAAUGACAGAAAUCACUGCAUGAGAGCUCACAAAUUAACAGAGUAAUGCGAGCACAAGGAACGUUGUUGCGACGUAGUCUAGACAGUCUAGGGUGCUGUUUAUAUGAUCUCGGGUACUAGGGACACCCUACUCCCCGAGCUACCCUGGGAGAAGCAAAAUUAUAUUCAUUAUAUAACAUUCAAACGCAAACGUUUAUAUGGAAAGUUUUCAACUCGUCUCAGCUGGUAGGGUCAUCCUGGCGGUAGCUGGUAGGGUCAUCCUGGCGGUAGCCGGUAGGUUACGAAACAGGGUUACCCUUGUAGAGUUGUAGGAGGGACAACUUUUUGUAUAUCGGUUUCAUUGUAUAACCAUUUUGUAGUAACUUGUUAAUAUUAGCAAGUUACGACAAAAUGCAUUUAAAAAAUACUGUGAAAAGAAUAUUCGACAUGUAUAUCGACUGUUUAUGCUAGCCCCUUUACAGAAACUUGAGUAGACUGAAUGUCUGAGCCUUCUCUGUGCCAACGUCGUUGUCACUUUUGGAAAUAUAGCGCUGUCGCUGUCGAAAAUAAAUAAAACAAUGUCGCUGUCACUUUUUCGCCCUUCUUUACCGUCGUUUGUCGGGAUUUCAAAACCGCGCUGUCGCAUAAAAAAGGCCCUGUUGGUUGUCGCAACUUACCCCUAACAGCCUAGGGUGUCCCUGGUACCCAAGACUAGGGAUGAGCCAAUUAAUCGGUGAAUAAUCUGCAAAGCUGAUUAAUCGGCCAUUUUUUAAAUAAUAGGUAAUUGGCCGAUUAUUGCCUGAUAAUUGUCAAAUAAUCAUCAGCCAUAAGACUUUUUCUGCAGUGCCAAGCACAUGCUAAAUACUGAAUACAAGUGAAUAGAUUUUCACAUUUUGUUGCAAAACCCACGUCUUUUGUCUUUUGUCUCAAAACCUGUGUCAAGAUCUAUGGUCUUCCAAAUCUUGAGGAAGAGGUCAAUGCAUUUCUCGUUCUUCCCUUGCAACCGUUACAAGCGUGUCCAUAUACCAGCGGACAAAUGCAGCAGACUAGCUCUGCAUAAAGCUGACAAUAUCCGGUUUUUACACCAUAAUCUGCCAAAACUAAACUUUGACUAUUGACAUGCGAGAUUGAAGCUGAUUGUAAUUGUACAUACUGUGAAUUUCGAUUUACCGUUUCAGCGCUUUAAUUUCCGGUAAUUGUUUUCCUGUUGAAACAUACACGUUUCUAACGGUCAAUGUCAAUGUUACUAAGUGAAGUCUAGUGGUCUUUGUCCGUUGUUUUCUUGUCCGUUGUUUUUCAUUUGUAAAUGUAACUGUUAUAUUCGUGUUUUUCUCGUCUUUGGCAACAUUUUAAUAUAUAAUUUACAAAGCUUUGUGGAUCAUUUCAUGUUUUUAUUAAAAUUAUUUACUGGCCUUUUAUACACUACAAUUUCCAAAAUAUCAAUAAAAACAUGAAAUGAUCCACAAAGCUUCGUAAAUUAUAUAUCAAAAUGUUGCCAAUGACGAGAUAAAUACGAAUAUAACAAUUACAUUCACAAAUGAUAAACAACGGAUAAGAAAACAACGGACAAAACCACUAGACUUCACUUAGUAACAUUGACAUUGGCCCUUAGCAACAUGUUCGUUUUAACGGAAAAACAAUCACUGGAAACGGAAGCCCUGAAACGGUAAAUCGAAAUCUGCAGUAGUGUGUAUUGUAAACAAUAAAACUGCAUUUAUAACUUCAUUGUUGGUCAUCUUGUGAUUUUUAAAAUAAUCAGCAGAUACCGAUUAAUUGGCCGCUUUAAAUCCUUAUUCGCUCAUCCCUACCUGAGACCAUAUAAACAGCGCCUACCUGUAGGUCAGUAUAUUAGUUUAGUGCCAGUUGUAAAAAGGAUUAAUCACAUUAUAUUGACUCAUUCUAACAAUGAUCAGCCUUCCCUAGCCCUUGGAAACCACUGGUGACAGUCACUACUCACUGGUGGAUUGAAAUGUGAAAGUUGCUUCUACUCUGUUAAUAUAAAUUGGUCAUUUGACUUGUCUGUUUUCACACAAAAUAGGUCUCAGGUUGUACUCAGGGACGGUGCUAAAGGGGGGGGGACUCCUCCAGUCAUCAUAUAGUCGGCAAAAUAUUGAAUCCCAGUCGGCAAAUUGUUUUCGUAGUCGGCAAAACCUGAAUUCGGAUAAGAAGAAAAGAAAUAAAAUAUUUGAGUGACACUGAUUAAAAGUUACUAAUGGAAGCUAAAAUGUGGAGAAAUUUAUGAAAACAUUAGAAAAAAAUGGAACGAACAAUGGUAGUUUAACACAAACUAAGAUGAAAAAUAUCCGGAUAAUUUUUUUGAUGUGUAGCGGUUUAAUACACCUCCCAUUCAAAGAGAUCUAGCACUGCCCCUAGUUGUACUGUUAGUACCACUACUGCUAAUGCCACCUCUCACUUGCUCUGUGUGCAUUUGAUUGGUUAAUCAGGUACAGUAGAUUAAACACAUCUGAUUGGUUUUUGGCCUUUAAUGAUAGUAGUGGCAAGUCAAAUCCAAUUAUCUGAACCUAUCUAGUAAUAGAUUCAUGUCUCACUGUAUUUGAGUUCCUGGCCCCAACAUGUGAUCUAACUCUAGCUGUACAGACUAACCUGAAGUUCAGGCCUUAAUUUGAAAUAGGGCCUGACUGUGACACAAAACCUGUCUAGACUGUGGGAUGCCCACAUGUUAUUUUUAGACACAGCAUGCAAUAUGAUUGACAAGCGUUGUAGAUUUCGUUACACAAAAAAUUUAUAUUCUCAUGAACAUGUCCGCAGAGUGUGCAUUUUGCUUUUUAAUUAAACUUAAAAAUUCAAGGUACUUUUAUAUAAUUAAGAGUCAGUUUCUCUGCACGGCUUGACUGCCAAGCUUUCUCAAGGUCUCAACUUGCUGGAUGCGGAUAUACUCUAACGGGCUAACAACAGCAACAAUGAAAUUCUCAAUCGUACCACGAAGAAGGCGAUGUAGCUCAGAAAACAAUGCCGGUAGGACCAGAUAUUAAAAAUAAGACUUUUGCCGGCGAAGCCAGUUGGCAGAACAUCUUGGCUGUCAACACUCAACAACAAGCUUUCGAAUACAUGACUAGUUUGGCUGUUUCAGCGUCGUGUGUUCAAAAUUCGUCAAAGAUUUUGAUAAAGCCCUUUCAAAAUACUGUUUGUUUGAUUUAUUUUCUGCCAUAAAGCAUAAAAGAAAAGAAAUUCGAAGAAAUCGAUAAUGGAAUUUGUUACGUGUGUUUGAUAGUCCGGUUGUUCAGCUCCGGUUCCGGCUCCGGCCGAAUUAUAGCUCUGAGCUCCGGCUCCGGCCAUAUCAUAAAAUAUUAAAUAAAUAUUUUAAUAUUUUACGAUCAGAGAACAUUUAUUAAUAUUAUUAUGAAUAACCCUUUUCGUGCUUCCUAAUUAUCAGAUAACAUAACUCAGGAAACAAAACAGUGAAAACACUUAACCACGCAGAAAAUAUCUAUAUGGAAACCAGCCAGUGUUGCAAUUUUUAAAUAGCAUGACGCAAGGCAUGACGCUAACACUCUCAGACUCCACAGCGCAGUUGUUCGCAUGCAAACAAAGUACUCUGUCAUUUUCAAAAGGUUGAUAUUUAUUUGUUUCGUACUUUUUCGUUAUCUACAAGGCAUGAAUACACAGACUAUGUAGCGCUAAGUCAGAUGGCUUCAUGAAAGCAUUAUGACGUUUGUAAGUUGCGAUCGUAUUACAGCUUUUCGACGCUGUUCCUGUGGGCUGUGGCAGUUUGAGUCUAUGAUGAAUUCAUUAACAGCAAUUGGCAGUUUGCAGUAACUAACAAUCGUUUGACAUUUGUCUCAUUUCAUAUUGUUUUCUUGUCAUUUUGCCGGAGCUGGGAAAACGUAACUCCGGCUCCGGCAUACAAAAUUCUGCUCCGGCGUCGGAAAAACUGCCGGAGCUCCGGCAGAACUCCGGCUCCAGCAUGCAGCUCCGGCGCACAGCACUAGUGUUUGACCUAUAUUAAUUGUCGCCUUGAGCCCUUGACCAAGUUAUUUUUAAAACUGUUGUUUAUGUGAACUUGCAACCAAUCAGAAUCUUUCAUGAUGCUGAUCAACCAAUCAGAUUUCCCGUCCACCAGAUGGACGGGAAUCCCACAGUUUAGACAGGUUUUGUGUCGGGCCCUAUUCUGUGAUUAGGGCCUGAACUUCAGGUUAGCUACAGACAUACAGUAGAACCAUCCUGAGGAAUUUACCCAAGAUUUCUUAUAUAGUCAAAUUCCACAGCUGAUGGUAUGCCUGGGCAGGGGUUAGGUUAAAACGCGGAAGCGGAUGCGGAACGGAACGGAUGCGGAACGGAUAUGCGGAACGGAACGGAUAUGGGGUUAAAAUGCGGAACGGAACGGAUAUGCGGAACAGAACGGAACGGAUAUGGAGUUAAAAUGCGGAACGGAACGGAAAUGCGGAACGGAUAUGGGGUUAAAAUGCGGAACGGAACGGAUAUGGGGUUAAAAUGCGGAACGGAACGGAUAUGGGGUUAAAACACGGAACAUGAAAAAUCAUGUCUGUUUUUAAAAAACGUUUUAUUCCCGUUCCAUUCCGCGUUUUAACCCCAUAUCCGUUCCGUUCCGCAUUUUAACCCCAUAUCCGUUCCGUUCCGCAUUUUAACCCCAUAUCCGUUCCGUUCCGCAUAUCCGUUCCGUUCCGCAUUUUAACCCCAUAUCCGUUCCGUUCCGCAUUUCCGUUCCGUUCCGCAUUUUAACCCAUAUCCGUUCCGUUCCGCAUAUCCGUUCCGCAUAUCCGUUCCGCAUCCGCUUCCGCGUUUUAACCUAACCCGCCUGGGCAGGGAUCCAUGCAUUACUGUAUAAUUUGGAAUCUAAUACAUAUCCCAUGGAAACUAUGGGUCAUAUAUUAUAAUUUCACCAUACCUAAUUUUAAGAAUUUUUUAUCACUGCACAUUUUUAUGCAAAGUUUAGCCGAGCAGAAACACGUCCUGACAAUUUCUGAACACACCCUUAUAAUAAUGUGUAACAACAAAACAGGCCACAAUUGCUAUUCAAAAAUGUCAAAACGAACAUACUCUGCACAGUACCAUACAGGGAAAUUUUGGGGACAAAGACAAACUUUGAUUCGUUGGACUGCGUGAUUCCAUCAUCUAACACUAUGAUUAGGGGGUCCGGGUGCAUUUCCCCUCGGAAAAAUUUUGAAAUCUGAGGUGCCAGAAAUGGCCAAAUCCUGCAUUCUGGAAGUCUAGUUGACAGUUAUGUCUAUGUAUAUUUCACUGUAAUUCUUUAUUUGCCUCCCCUUUUAACUGGAUCCCAGGGAAAAAUGCCCCCUCUGGGCGGCAUUGACAGCACCUGCAGUUACAACUAUUUAUGACAGCAUAGUUUCAUAAUCACAUGAAGAAAAGAAAUAUUUUCGUUUUGGCAAAUGAAAGGCGGCUUAGGCGUGACAAUCCUUUAGAGGAGUUCCAGGGGCAUAUGCAUCCACAGAAAAUUUUUGAUUGAUUGAUUUAAUUUUGCCAACAAAAUAAACUAAUACAUUAACAAAAUAAAACAAGAAGCAGAUAGUGGCGAGGAAACCCAAGUCGAAACCAGAAGGCUUAUUGGAAUCUUGGGUUACCUCAUCAUCUACAGCAAUAACUCAAGAAUUCACUGACAUGCAGUUACGGUUAUAAACUAACAAUAAUUAUAAUACAUUGAUUAAAAUAACAAUGUCUGCACGUAAGGAAGACAAACAGGAGUACAGUACAAUGCGACAAGAAAUAAACACGAGAACUGAUUAACUAUAAAGAGACAAAAGAUAUUUAUUAAGCGUAAGUUGAAAUGUUGAGAUUGAGGGUGAAUCUCGAAUUUAAAGAAUUAAAAAAUUUAGGGCCUUGGUAUUUUACAGUAAACUGUUUGGCCUUCGUUCUACAAAAUGGAACAUAAAAUUGGCCAGCAGUCCGUAAAUUGUGAGAGUGGAUUUGAGCAGUGGUAAAAUAAAAUUGCUAAAACUUGGCCUUGGGGGAAGUAGAUUGUUCUGAUAAGAAAACAUGAACUUACUCAGAUUUAGAAGAUAUGUAUAUCUUCAAAUUUGAGUAUCAUUUUGGACUUAAAUAAAGGUGAAGUAUGCGCAUCAUAGGAUGCGUUACUUAAAAUUCUUACUACUUUUUUCUGUAGUAAUAAUAGACGGUUGAGAUUUGAAGGAUACGUUGCUCCCCAAAUGAUAACACAAUAGUUUAAUUAGGGAUAUACGAGAGCAAAAUACAAGGUGCGCAGGGUAAGACGAGUGAGGCAGAAACUUGAUCUAUAUAUUAUUCCAAUGGACUUUGAAAUUUUGCUAGCAACAUACGAGAUAUGUGAUUUCCAAGUUAGACUUUCAUCCAAAAUUACUCUAAGGAAAGAAGUUUCCUUGACUCGUUCUAGCCUAUGAUUAUUUAUUUCAAGUAAUAGAUCAAGUGUUUGCUUCCUUUGUCUAGGGGUGAAAAUUAUACAAUUAGAUUUCUUAAUGUUGAGGGACAGUUUAUUAGCAAAAAAAACAUUCUGAUAGAUUUUUCAUUUCACUAUUAAUGACAGUUGUUAACCUAGUAGAUAAAUCACUAUCGGAAAAAAACACAUUUGUGUCAUCAGCAAAUAAAAUCAUUUCGGCUAUGCUAGAAGAAUUAGCUAUAUCAUUAAUAUAAAUCAAGAAAAACAAAGGUCCGAGGAUUGACCCUUGAGGUACGCCACACUUAAUUUUACUUAAUGAAGAACAAGUACUGUUGAAUUCAACGUACUGUUGUCUAUUAGUAAAAUAACUUUUGAUCCAUUGAAGGACCGAUCCUCGAAUACCAUAAUGCGCAAGUUUCUCAAAAAGUAUCUCAUGAUCGACGGUAUCAAAAGCCUCAGAUAAAUCAAGAAAUAUUCCAAUUGUAUAUUUUUUUCAUCAAAAGCAGUUGUAAUUUUAUCCAAUAAAUGAAUUAAUGCAAGUGAGGUGGAAUGAUUUUUUCUCAAAGCCAUAAUUAUUAUUCAACGAAAUAUUGUAUUCGUUUAAAUAAUUUAAUAGCCGUUCAUACACGACCCUUUCCAAAAUUUUAGAAAAGACCGGUAGAACCGAUAUUGUCCGGUAGUUGGAGAACAUUACUAGGUACUAUAAAAGGGCAUCUCCUCAGGGCCGUAGCGAAGGGGGUAUUGGGGGACGGGGGGUUAACCCCCCCCCCCCAACUUUUUUAGAAUUAACAUAUUCGGAAAAUCAGGUUGGUCAUUCGGAAAUGGCAUUUUAAAAUGGCAUUUCAGAGACUCUAAAUUAAAAAAUUUCCUCGGGCCUUCGGCCCUCGCCAUCCCCUUAUCAAAAAGAACUUCCUACGGAACUGCAUGCUUCUGUAAUAUGUCUGUGCGUAAAAUAUGAGUAUUUUUGUUUGUAAAUUGCGUUUUCAUUUUCCGGAUAGCAAACACCAUCGUGACUUCGUAUGCCAUGAAAUAUUCGGAAAUUUCUUUCGUCAUUCGGAAAUUUUUGGCCUACACCCCCCCCCCCAACUAUGCAUGCUUAGCUACGGCCCUGCAUCUCCUGCAAUAUACGGGGACAUUCUAUAGAAUUCUGAAGAUUGUACACUAAUUACUCCAUCUUUCAAACUCAUAAAGAGAUCUUUGGUGAGAGACUUUGUUCAUCUGAUGAAAAUUAAGUAUAUUAUUAGUGCGGACGUAAUAAUUAGGCAGACAUCAUGCAUUUCAAUUUCAUUCAAAUUAUUCUCAUUCAAAAUGUUUUGAUUAGUUCAGUUUUUCUGCUCAUUGCCUCAUUUUCUUGUGUUAUAAUUAACAACUUAUCACAGGAAAUUUUAUCACAGACUGUACAUUUUACAUUUUAUCACUGCACAUUUAACUUUUAUCGCUGCACAAAUUGGUUAUCACUGCACACUAAAAUUAGGUAUGAAUUUCACAUUGAAAGCGUAGUGCCCCCUGUUCAAUUUUGGCUCUACUGAAAACCCAUGUCUGUUGUCAGAUGCCAAUAUUAAAACAGGUGGGGGAGGGAGGGUGGUACAAUACAUCUGAAUGCAUGUAAAAACUAGAUUCUCCCAAAUAAUGUAUAUUGUAAAAUAUUGUAGUAUUUCAAUUCUGCAUUGUUUAGGAGGAUGAUCAAGGUGACGAUCAGAUGGAACAAGAUGACGAUGCUCAAAUGCAAGUUGUUUUGCAUGAGGUACAUUUUAUCAUUUGUUUUAUUUAAUUAAUUCACAGUUACCAGACUAGUAAGCAGUUUUGAAUAUUUAGCUUAGAUAUCUGGUGAUGAAUAUGUUAUAUAUAAUUAUUCAUGCAUCGAUCCUGUUAAUUGUGCUGACAUAAAGUUCAUAUUGUGCUAGGACAAGAAAUAUUAUCCCACAGCACAAGAGGUUUUUGGAGCUGACGUAGAGGUAACCUUAGUUGCAUAAUUUGUACAAAAUGAUCAUACCCUCAUGUUGCACACAUGAAUAUACUUCACUAUGAAUUUGACCUCAAUCACUGUCCUUAAAACCUUAUUAAGUGCAUGCACAGGGGCAGAUUUAUUCUUACUAGCAGUUGUUGAUAACAUUUAAAGGAUCUUUCAUUCAGCAGCAUGUUUCAUAGUGUUACUUGCGAAGAAUACUGUGUUAUUAAUCAUAAAAUUAUUCUCUCUUUACGAAAGCUAUAAGCGCCCCUUCGAAUGUAAGCGCCCCCACCCCCGAAAAAGUUUUUUAAAGUUGUAAAACAUAUAGGGUAUAUAUAAAGAUAACAAUUUACAUAAAGAUAACAUUUCGAAUAAUGACAUGAUAAAACAUGUAGAAACAGUAAUUUUAAGGACCCAGUUUACAAUAUACCGCAUUUGAAACGCCGUUGGAGCGACUUCCGCACGUGUUUUCUCCUAUAACCAUUUACUCUAUAGCAUGGAUUUAAAAAUGGCCGAUGCUGAAAAUAACAACUCGAAUAUAUAUAUAUAUAUAUAUAUAUAUAUAUAUAUAUAUAUAUAUAUAUAUAUAUAUAUAUAUAUAUAUAUAUAUAUAUAUAUAUAUAUAUACAGGGUGUAUCAAAAUAAACGCAAUUCAUCUUUUGUGCUUAAUAACUUUCGAAAUACUAUUUCUAGUUAAACGCUUUUAGGUUUACUUCAAAGCCUGUUCUUUUCUCUUUCAAACAAACUAUUAUCCUUGUCUUCAAUGCUAGUAAUAAUUGCACAGGAAAAGAUUUAGUAAAACCUAUCAUUUUUAGUUGCUGUUUAAUUAUGCAAGUUUACUAUGUUAUUGUUUAGUCGGUUUAAAUGUUAGAAUUUUCUUUUUUAAACUUUAAUUUUGUCGUCACUACAUCUGGAAAACCACGUAAGAACAAAUUAAAAGUAUUUUAAAAGAGACCAGGUUGUUUGAAAAUCCUAAACGAAUGCUAAAAAUCGUCAAAACAUUCUGGUGUCUGAGCCAGAGUGUCAUCGAAUUGCGAUGUAAUGUAAACAGAAAUUAUAGCAAGUUGAUGUCAGUCAGCUUAGAUGGUCCAAGCCAAAAUUAUAUCGAAUUUGAAGUUUCAAACUGAGUUAAAAAUAGUGGAAGAAAAGCCGUAAUUAUACUUAUUGUUACAAUCCAUUUAAUAAAAUGCAACAUUUUCUUAUUUUAAUGAAAAAAUCAGUUAUUUUCAUGAGAACGAUAUGUUAUUCCAUAUCUCAAUUUUUUUAAUCUCCAAUCGCAAUAACGUAAAGUAUUAUUACCCGCGAACCAAUGAGUCAAAUUUAAGAAACAACCCACUGUUAGAAAGCUGAAUGGCUACGCUUUAAAAUGAAUGUAAACUUUAACGUUUUCGUCUAUUAUUUGUUUAGUAAUUUACAUUUCAGUCGAGGAUUGCGCUUUUUUUUAUACACCCUGUAUAUAUAUACCACCUCACCCUGCCCCCAAAAAAGUUGAACUCCCCCUAAACAUUUUGACUUCCGUACAAACAUUCCUGGGUCUGUCUCUGUGUGUGCAAAACAUGAAGAUAUAACCUACAAAAUAACCUGCAUUUUUGAUUAUUAAAAUGUUUGCAUUUGCAAACAUUUUCAACAAUUUUCAUGGACAUGUAUAUGUGAGAUCAUAAUAUUAUUCAUUGGACAUAUAUACAGUACAAUGUGAGGUAAUAGUUGUUUCUACCAUUUAGUUCCUAAUUUUGUUAAUUUUUUAGACCAUUGUUCAAGAGGAGGAUACUCAACCAUUAACUGGUAUUAAGUAGUUUUUACUGUAUAGCAAAUGGAUAUUAAUAAUGAUUAUAAUAUAUGUUAUAGUGACUGGAAUUGUUUUUUUUUUAUAAAUUGGAAAGCCUGAUAAAUGUCCUGUCCUUCAAAAACCUAUUGUCUCAACAUCUCUUAUCCUAUUUAAUUAGUGUUGUAGAAAUAAUGUCCUGUCAUCUCAUUCCUUACCAUGUCUACUGUCAUGCAUACUGUAUAAGGACUUCCUUAAUUCAACAAAAAUAUAUCAUCUGAAUACUUGCAGAGACUGUAGCUUUGAGUGAGUGAGUGAGUGAGUGAGUGAGUGAGUGAGUGAGUGAGUGAGUGAGUGAGCAACUUUAUUUAACAAGGGUAUAAACACUGAAAUAUCAAAGCCAAAGCUGAUAAACUAGUUGCUCUAGGUACCAUCCAUAAGCAUCUACUGUGCACAUCUGCAAAUGGUUAAACUGUCCUAAAUUCCUUGUGACCAUCUAUAUUAAGCAUCUACUACCCAAUUAAAAGAACAACGUCUUCAGUUUUCACCAUCUGUCUAUAAUGGGCAUACCUUGCCAACAUUAGAUUUAGAAAUAAUUAAAUUUUGUGUUUCAUUCUAGAACCCAUCAUAGCUCCUGUAAAGAACAAGAAGUUUUUGCUUGCUGAGCAAGAUUUGCCUGUAACUACUUAUGAAAUUGAGUAAGCACCUGACCAAUGUAAUUAGUUGAAGUUCACAAAUGAACUAAUUUAUGUAAAACAACCUGCCAUGAAGUAUAAAUAUCAGCAAAUCUGAUUUAUAAGGGCAAGCCUGUGUACAAGCUGCAUUUGUGUAAAUGGUGUUGAUAAUAUAACCUCUACAUUGUUACAAUGUACACUGUUUUAUGUUAGAUAUUUAGCUGAUCUGAUGGACAAUACUGAAUUAAUAAGAAAUGUGGCAUUAGCUGGACAUUUACACCAUGGCAAGGUAAGAUAUUGUAUUGUGAUUUACUGCAUUGUAAAGGCUGUAUAUACAGUAGUAGACCAUGAGGACCCAAAAUAUUGAUCAUGAGAUCAUUGAGUUUGUUGUUACCUUCAAUUUCAAUUGCAUGUAUUUCAGUGUAAACAUAGUGUAAAUUUAGAACAGUAAGAUGCACUUUGUCUUUUAUCAUGUGAUGGGAUUUUUGGUGCACAUCAUUCCAUCCUAUCUGCUUUGUGGGUUUUCUUAUAACUCAUCGUUUGUUUUUUUCAGUUUGAUUUCAUUCCUCUCCUAUAUUAUCUUUUUGUAUGUAGCUUAGUAAUUUCUCAUUACUGGAUCAAAUUACACCUUCUGUACUCCUCAAUACUACCAUAAUGUGAUUUUCAUAUUUUGUGUAUAUUCUUUCUGAAUCCAUCUGAUUGGUUUACUUGUCACCAGGGUCUUAGCUAGGAUUUUAGAUCUUGGGCGUGUUUCUAAUGACCAGGGCGUGCACAUGUCAAUUACCUUGAAUAGCAAAAUCACGGUUCUAGUUAUGCUCGCCAACAGUAAUGCUUGUGGUUGCAACCAAAUACUAAAAUAUCAAGUUAUUUCAGCAACUUUUGGGGGUAUUUAAAACCAUUUUAACACCAUACAGUUCCCAUUAUCCAUCAAAAUAUUAAAACAUCACGGAUCACUUUUGCCAAUUCAACAACAACAGUAGAUUUUACAAACUUUCUUACGACGUAAAUAGGAAGAAAUUCUGUCUGUUGUCAGCAGCAACACCUUAUUUUAUGAUUACCUACACGGCCUUAUAUAAAUAGUGAAGCCGCGUUCAUUUUAUCUAGCCGUGUUUUUCCAUUUUUGGCCGCGAUAACACGGCCAACACGGCCCUCUAGCUAACACCCUGUUUGUCACCUGUAUUCACUAUUAAUAAUGACACUUUUGUAUGUAUAUUUAAACAUGCUGCUAACUUCCAGACAAAGGGCCUUAGCCUGAAACAUCAAAGUUAUGCAUUAAGUGCAAACAUUCUUAAUUUUUCACUCAUUUCUUUAGACAACUUUUGUUGAUUGUCUUUUGGAACAAACCCAUCCUGAUUUAAAAUCUAAAGAAGAAAGUGAGGUGAGUUUUCAAUUUUAUCCUCCAAUCAACAAAUCAAACCAAUAAGUAUUUCAUACUUGUUUUCGAAUUUUUCAACAAGGUUGGUAUUUUUAUGAUCGGAAAAGACCAAAUUUUCAGAAAAUACAAAAACCCCGAUAUCGAAAUUUUCAUUUCAUAUACACUUUAAGGCUGUUCUACACAAUACGAUUCAUUGUAUAUGAUUGUCAUUCUGGCGUAUGAAAAUUACUGCUGCAUGCCACAAUUCGUCUUGAUUUAAUUCAUGGCAAAGUUUCUUGAAGUUUCACCUUCUGAAAUGGUGGAUGUCAAUCAGUACACCCUUCCAGAAAGUACACCACUUUGGCUAUAGAGCCUCGUUUUCGUGUAUGUGACACUUGUUUUUAGUCUAACGUCUCAAUCACGAAAACGAGGCUCUAUAGCCAAGAAGACAUACUUUCCGGAAGCGCUGCUGUACAGUAUUACGCCACAUGAUGUACUGUGUCGUCAUUUUCAAAGGCUCAAUAGAAGAAUAACAUCUAAUUUCCUUGUCUAAAAUUUCGUUAAAUAUUUUGUGUCGCAGUGGCGAACGUUUAUACGCAGUUUACUUUUUGUUCUGAUUACCACAACAGAAUUUCUUCUUUGUGGAAUGAAUACGUCAUUUUAUUCCGUCAGACAUUAAUGUCCCAUCAAAAAUCGGGUUUGUUCUGACAUUUGCCAAAUUUUGUCCGUGACAGUCCAAUGUCUGACAGUAAUGGACCUUAGAAGUGCUCACGUCACGGAAUUUUCAAACAAUGAAUUAUUGACACAAAAGUAUCCCACAAUGCACUGUGCAUUCCAGAAAUCCUCUGUAUUAAAAAUUGCAUGACGUAAGCACUUCUAUAAGUCUAUUUGCAGCGCUGUAUUUUAGUUAUUUUUAGCUAAAUAGAUUUUCUCAUUUUAGAUUAGAUACACAGACACUCUUUUUACUGAGCAAGAGGUAUGUAAUAUAGCAACAAUAAUUAUUCACUGAAGUUGGGCAAGAGUGCAAUAAACAAUGUAGUCUAUUAUGUACAUGUUCUGUUAUGUUGUUUUGGUAUAAUACUGUAUGCUGCUGCCUUGCAUAUUGAAGAUCUUGAAUAUACCAUGGUUGUUAUAAGACCUGGUUAGGAAACCCGGCAAACUUCAAAGAAAUUACGCUAUAAACAAACAUGGAGGUUGAACAGUCAGUUUGACCCUGCACAUGUUGGUUUUAAUCAAUGAGAAUUGACCAAACGAUGUAACACAAACAUUUUCCAUCGAAAAAUGGUAAUACUUCGUUAUUUGCAAAAUAUGCCGUAAGAUAUAGCCCUGAUAGGCAAAACAAAUACUUGGUACCCAUUCCCUUCGCCAAGCUUUCUGAACUGACUGUUGUCAAACAAUAGAAAGACAAAGGAUUUUUCAACCGUGACCCUGUUUCCAAACCAUGUCAUAUAUAUAUUAACUAUGAAUAUACUAACUGAUGAAAUGAUAAAUAUGAAAAUGUUUCAAUGGCUAUUGUUACUCGUUUCAGCGCGGUGUUAGUAUCAAAAGUAUUCCUGUGUCGUUAGUUCUACCAGAUUCAAGAGACAAAUCAUAUCUUUUAAACGUCUUUGACACACCUGGUGAGAGUUUUGUAGAAAAUAAUUUUGAAGAUUUGUGAUAUUCUGUUGCUUUGUUAGCCUGCGUGCAGUCGCUUUGUAUAAUAAAAUCAAAUUCACGGAAAUACUUGUUUUAUUUGUUUGUAGGUCAUGUGAAUUUUUCAGAUGAAGUUACUGCAGCAUUUCGUCUUUGUGAUGGGGCUGUUAUAUUUAUUGAUGCGUCAGAAGGGGUGAGCAUAUACCUAUAUAUUUCUUCAUUAGUUAUGCUAUAGGGAUAUGAAAAACCUUUUCGUAUAAUCGUAUUGUACUUUUUGUGUUUGUUGGUGUUAUGUUCUCAGGUGAAUAUGAUGUUUGUGGUGUCACUCUGAGUGUGCAUCCACACCGGGCAAGCUGAAAAGUUUGCCUGACCACGGUGGGAAAGGUCGCGGGUUCGAUUCCCACUGUGGUCAGGCAAACUUUUCAGCUUGCCCGGUGUGGAUGCACACUCAGAGUAACCACCACAGGCAUCUUUUUUAUUCCAACACUGCAACGUUACAGUAAAAACUUGCCUCGUGUAUAUAUAAAGCCUGAUACUUUGUUAUACAGUGAAGUAUAAUGAUUAAUAUAAUGAACCUUAUGCAUUAUGACUGUCGUAUUUUAGAACUUAAAUCAAGACUAACAAGUAUAGUUUGGUGUCAAACAGUACAUUUAUACAAACGUAUAUUACAGUCUGCUAUAUUUACAGGUCGUAUGGAUGCGUAUGGAACCUAGUGUUGGGAUCACUACACUGAUGGUUCCUUGCGAUGAGUUACUAUAGUAUUACCAGAAUGCUUUGCGAGUAUUUUUUAAUACGAUUCUAGCAAAACAUUCUGGUUGUGGUAGUCAGGCAGCGCAAAGCAAUGCCAUGAUGCAUAAUGUUUAAACUGUAGCCAGCUUUGUUCAUCCUAUUUUCCACUUGGGAAUUGUUUCCCGCGAAGCAAACCUCAUAAACCAAAAAUAAGUUCACUAAAUAUUUAAUACACCUUUUCGCCACGAAUACUUCUUUGGCCACGAAUACGUCACGAGUACUUCUUUGGCCUGGGAGCCUCGCUCUCGUAAAUCAAGACAGGAUGCUAUUCGCACACGAUUCACGAAAACGAGGCUGCCAAGCCAAGAAGGGAUUUUUUACGUACACUGUAAUUAUCGAAAGGGUAUUUUAAUUAGCGACAGAAUUUGCUGCAGAUUACUACGCGGCGAAUUUUAUUAGCUACUAACUAAUCACGUAAACAAAUUUAUUUUUCGAUUACUUCGCGCGAAACAAUUCGCCUAGUGGAGAACGGGCUUUAGGGACUCUUUCAAAUACAACUAAAAUUUGGGAUAAAUGUUUUCUGAAUGCAUUAUUUUCUUGAAUACUUUUAGAUUAUGUUGAAUACUGAAAGAUUAUUAAAACACGCCGUUCAAGAACGUCUUGCCAUCACAAUAUGUAUAAAUAAAGUGCGUAUUUUAUUGUAUUUUGCUGUAUGAUUGAUACUUUUAUAUAUGAUUGAAAAUAUUGUUAUUUACCUUGUUGUUGGCAAUUGUUUUAAUAGCCAUUGUCCAUUAUUUUAUUCAAAGAUUGACAGACUUAUACUGGAACUAAAACUACCACCAGCUGAUGCAUAUUUUAAACUAAAGCACAUUGUUGACGAAGUUAACGGUUUAUUAAGGUCAGUCCUCUCGACGAAUGUUUCAGCGUUUUUGUUUCCCGGAGUUCUAGCUUGCGUACUUCUUUUGUCAUGCACCUCCUCCAAAGGCAACUUUCUUGCUUUAAACGGAGUUUGGCAGAGCAAAUGAAUGGUAACAGGAUAUGGAACAAUAAUUUGUAAACCAAAAUUGCAGUCUGAUGACCAAAACGUUAAAGAACAGUAUGUAGGUUAGGCGUCUCAGGAGAAAAGUAGGGAGAGACGGACUUGGGACAUUCGCAGCAUUUCGAAUGUUACUUGCAUAAAUUGGCGCGAAAAUUUGUUGUUGUUCUCAACUGGCAAGCCACGCCUCCGUAGGAAAAAUCCGACGGUAAAAUUUGGCGCGCUUGCAGGGUAUCCAAGUCCGUCUCUCCCUACUUUUCUCUCAUAUUUACGCGCCUUUUUUGACCGUUUGCGUGCAUUGCUAUUUUCAACGGCAUAGUACAAAACAUGGACUGGACUGGACUGGACAGUUGGACUGGACUGAUUUUUACAUUUUCUCUAUUUUUGACUUGCACAAAAGAAUAUUUCAUCACAGAAUAGAUAUACCAUGUCAAGUCUAUUUUGUGAUUUUAUCAAUGAACAUUGUCUGAUGUGACGGGAGUAGAUUGGUUGCAGUCAAGAAUAUAGCGUUUUGCACCUGAAUUACUUUUGAUUUUCGGAAGUUGAAAUACUUUACCUUCGCCGAUGACUUCACUUUAUAACUGGAGCGAAUUCUCUUAAAGCGAAACAAAGCCUAGUAAGUAGAAUACAAUAGCAAACAAAAACUACUUAUUUACUGAGACUUUGGGAAAGCCGACCGGCUCGGCUUCUCCUCGGGAAACAUCGAGACAGUCUCGGGUCCACAAAACACACUGUUUCCCUCGGUCUCAGUAAAUAAGUGAUAAAUAUUUCAGUCUGCAUAGCCAUAGGAAGAUCGAUAAUUAGGGGGGGGGCUCAUAUUCAUGUAUUCAUGUUCGCAGACCGUAAAAACAAUCAAUUUCAAAAGAAGUGAAUAAUGCAAAACACGAAUAUAUGAAUAUGAGCUCCCCAAUGGGCCAUUUGCAUUAUACACUAAAUUUUGAUCUAGACAAAAAUUUCAUCCCAGCUUGAAAGAGCAUCACAACGAAUUAGUAAUAUUCCAAAGUUUCGUUGCGAAAUGUUGUAAAAUGCGGAUAAUAUAGCCUUGCGAAAUUUGCAAUUUUCAGUCAUUUUGUAUUACAAAUGGGAAAUUGAUGCCCCAACACCCGAUUGGGCGGUCAAUUUCCCGUGCGCAAUACAAAAUGACUGAAAAAUAUUAUCCGCAUUUUACAACAUUUCGCAACGAAACUUUGGAAUAUUACUAAUUUUGUGAUGCUCUUUCAAGAUGUGCUGAAAUUUUUGUCUAGAUCAAAAUUUAGUCUAUAAUGCAAAUGGUCCAUUAUCGCUGUUCCUACGCCUGUGUCAGUCUGCGAGCAGUCAACCAUAUAUCAUUGUGGCUAUAAUAAUAUUGGAAAAUAAACUAAUGGUAAUACAUCUGGGGCCAGUUGCUCAAAGGUGGUUAGCGCUAACCCUGGGUUAAAUUUUGACCUGCUGUUUUGGUUUGUAUCUUUCUGCACGUACGUUUAUUUCACAACUUCAGAGAAGUAAACUCCUAUCGAUCCAGACAAGAUCUCUGAUCGACGUUAACCUAGGGUUAAGCUAACCCAGCUUCAUACAUUUUAGACAUUUUUACAUCAAACAGCAGUUUAAAUUACAAAUCAGUUUGUCGAUUGCAUUCAUAAGCAGAAUGUAAUAUUUAUCAAUUCAAAUAUAUUAUAUUGUUUGUUUAACUAGAAUAAAUGUUACCAGAGAUUUUCCAGGCGGAAAACGAAUUCUUAUGAUAAAUAUGAGAGCCCAAUAUAUAACUUUUAACAAAGCCAUUAAAACAGUAAAGAUUUUAAAGAAUUUUUAUUGUAGAAUCUUAACUGUUUUAAUGGCUUUGUUAAAAGUUAUUAUAUGUUGGGCUCUCAUAUUUAUCAUAAGAAUUCGUGUUCCGCCUGGCAAAUCUCUGGUAACAUUUAUUCUAGUUAAACAAACAAUAUAAUAAUAUAUUUGAAUUGAUAAAUAUUACAUUCUGCUUAUGAAUGCAAUACAAACUGAUUUGUAAUUUAAACUGCUUUUUGAUGUAAAAAUGGGUAAUCGUUCCAUGUUUCGCGCACCAAUAUAGUAAACGUUAUGUAAUGGAUAUUAUAGUGUAUUGAAAAGUUCACUAGAUACCUCCAUACACAUAUAUACACACCCUAACCCUAACCCUAACCCCAACCCUAAACCUAACCGGCCCUAACCUAACCCCUAACUCCAAUACCUAACCCUAACCUAUAUUGGUGCGCGAAACAUGGAAUGAUAACCAAGUAGUUCAACUUCCGAAAAUCAAAAGUAAUUCAGGUGCAAAACGCUAUAUUCUUGACUGCAACCAAUCUACUCCCGUUACAUCAGACAAUGUUCAUUGAUAAAAUCACAAAAUAGACUUGACAUGGUAUAUCUAUUCUGUGAUGAAAUAUUCUUUUGUGCAAGUCAAAAAUAGAGAAAAUGUAAAAAUCAGUCCAGUCCAACUGUCCAGUCAGUCCAGUCCAACUGUCCAGUCCAACUGUCCAGUCCAGUCCAUGUUUUGUACUAUGCCAUUUUCAACCCCUUGAGAGACGGACUUAAACCAAGUCUAUAUGUAGGUUUAUGACAACUAUUUCUCACGCUUUAUCUUUCAAACCACAUGCAGAACACCUGCUUUGGCGAGGUUUCAUUUUUAAUCCAGAAGUUUUACCUUUCCUUCCCCCAGCUCCCAUACAUCUAUACAUGGUUUUAAGAAGUUAUGAUAUUACGGAAUAUUUUCCAAAUAUACAACGCUUAAAUUAAACUGGAUUUUUGUUUUAAUUUUUAGCGUUUAUUCUGAAGGUCUGGAUGAUAUCGUGGUUUCCCCAUUACUUGGCAACGUGUGUUUUGCAAGUUCAACAUAUCGUUUCUGUUUUACACUCAUGUCCUUUGCCAAGUUAUACACAGAUACGUAUGGUAUGUUCGGAGAGAAAAUACUUGCACUGCCCCAUGGUUACAUUUUUCACUUUUCCCCUAGAUACUGGCUCCCGAAGAAAUAUAAAAACUUCAUUCUUAAACCCAUUAUUCCCAACUUAACCCCACUACUAGUUCGAAGGUAUAUGGAAUUUGACAUAGCAAAUACUUACUUGCUGUCCAUACUCAGGCUGUGGGAACAUACAGUAAGUCUGGCCAAAAGGGACUCCGACGGCCUGGAAUCCACCCUAGUCCCCCAGCAGUGUGGGAGAAAAGCAUUCUGCCUUUUUCGUUCCUCAGCCGGCAGAAAGUACUAUAACUCUUUCUCGGAAUGUUAUUCUCGGAAUGUUAUCGAAGUAUUUUUAUCAGUAAUUUUGGUUGUUUUAUAGGUUAUGGAGUCGAUCAUCGUGAUUUUGCCAAGAGGCUUUGGGGGGAUAUGUAUUUCAAUUCAAAAACGUAUGUGUGAACCUUUUAUUGAUUUAUAUAAAAUAUGGGAAGUCGUUUGUACUAUUUUUUGUUACUUUUAGACGGAAAUUUACAAAGAAAGCUCCUCUCAACACAUCACCACGAACGUUUGUCGAGUUUAUUUUAGAACCACUUUACAAAUUAUUUGCUCAGGUAAGUGGGAGGUUCCUUACUGCAUGUCUGUAGAUUUUGUGAAGGAAUACGAUGAAAUGACCUCAGUAUGAGAGGAACAAGUAUACUAAGUCUGAGAGUAUAUGGUCAUGUUAGAUCUAUAGUACGUAUAAAUACUCGUGUGUAUAUAUAUAUAUAUAUAUAUAUAUAUAUAUAUAUAUAUAUAUAUAUAUAUAUAUAUAUAUAUAUAUAUAUAUAUAUAUAUAUAUUUAUACAUAGGAUAGGAUAGUACAAAACUUUAUUCUCUUCUAUCCUAUGUAUAAGCAACAGAAACAUUUUAAGCCAUAAAAGCUACAACAUUGCAUACAGCCGGACCAAUGAGAGAAGUUAAUCUAAAGCUUGAAAUGUCCCCCGUAGUAAUGCGUGACUGCCAACCUGACUGUCAACUCUCAUCAACACUCAUCAAUUCUCAUCAACAACUCUCAUCAAUUCUCAUCAAUUCUCAUCAACUCUCAUCAACUCUCAUCAAUUCUCAUCAACUCUCAUCAACUCUCAUCAACUCUCAUCAACUCUCAUCAACUCUCAUCAACUCUCAUCAACUCUCAUCAAUGGAGCAUUAGAUACAGAACUGGCGCAAGCCAUGUACGAGUGUGAUGCUGAUGCAUAAUCAGCCAAUUUGAAUGACCAGAAUAGACCUUUAUAAAAAGGUUGACGUCAGCAGGCUUGUGACGUAGUUUGCGGAGAAAAUCCCGAAAGCUCAGAGUUGUUUACUUGUUUUGAGUUUUUUUAAAGCCAAAAGAAGUCUGUAUUAUGGUAAGUUUGAAGUAAAUUUUUCUAUAUAUAUAUAUAUAUAUAUAUAUAUAUAUAUAUAUAUAUAUAUAUAUAUAUAUAUAUACAAAUGAGUUUUCAUAUUCGUCGUAUAAAUUUUAUUUGUUUUUAUAUUAGAUUGUACAUUAUUUUACUGUCAUGAACAUUUAGCAAAUUGUUCGCUCGGUUUUCUUUUCUCUUUCCCAAAUUCAUCAGUGUAAACAGCUCCUCUUUCGUUUCUGAAGAUUUAAACUGUAAAUCCGAAAUUUUAAGUUAUUUUUGGUAGCUUUUUCAAUAUCCUUGCCAAUUGUUGACCCGGAUAUGUCCUUUUCUGUCAACUAUAUAUCGAUAAAAAUAAUAGACUUAUCAGUCUUAAUACGAGUCAUUGUGUACAGGAUGUACUCAGAGUCUAAGUUCACUUAUGUACCUCUUUGCAUGAUCACUGAGCCUGUGUAUCGCUGUCUACAGCUUGAUUGGGGCCACUCUGAUGAUUAGACUGAUGAAUUUGAAAAACAAAAAAGAAAAAUUAUACUUUUUAGCAACGAAAUAUGAACACGCAGAUUUCAUUUAAAAAUGCAAUACACCAACAUUUUCUGUAUGUAUGGUAUCAGAAAUGCAGAAAAUUCGAAAACAAUAUCUGUAGAACCAAGAAAUUUCUCAGACCCACGUGAAAUUGUUAUCCUCACUGCCUGGCAAGUGCUUGGAUCGCCGAAUAUGGACGAUUUAUGUGAGAAUGGACGAUGUUUUUAUCUUCGAGCUUGUGUAUGACGCGGUUAUACUUGAAAAAUAAGAUUACAAACAUUGGCGUUUCUUGGUUUUAUGGGGUUAGUUUUUUCCAAAAAGAAUGGUCUGUAUGUUGGAAGAAAAAAGAGUCUGUCUAUGGCAGAACCAAGUUCAAUCUUUGUCAUCUGUAGCAUCUUUUAUAUUUUAUUCCAGUAGUAGUUUAUAUUAUUAAACGCCAAAUGAUUUUAUGUGAGCCAGCGGUUCUCAUAAUCAUGUAUGGAAAGGUAUCCUAAAGCUGUUUAUCCUCACAUGCAAACAUCGUAGCGCUUACGAAAAGAUUCUUUAAAUUUUUCCUCGUUUAGGGUCCACUGAUGAUUCAUACAACAAAACAAUAUCCAUCCCGUGAUGCAACAGCAUUCCAUGUUUUAGGAAGAGUAUUAAGUGGCACAGGUAAGUUACCGCAGUGCUUGUAUUGUUUCAAAGCUAAUCAACUCAGAACCUUUUAGCCACUUAAAAAAAUCGCUAAAACACUAUGGAAGUGGUUUAUCAAAUCACAUUUAUGUGUUGUUUCACGUUGUUUUAGUUUAUGCCGGUCAACAAGUGAAAAUUCUUGGAGAAAAUUACACACUUGAAGAUGAGGAAGAUUCAAGGAUAGGAAAUGUAAGUAGAAUUCCUGGAAUCCUCUGGUAGUAUCGUAAUCGUCUACGUGUAUGGACAGCACGAUUGUGUAUAUACCGUAUAAUGUUUGGUUAAAAUAAAUGCUCUUCUGUUGUUGAUAGAUUGGCAGGCUAUGGAUCCCAGAAGCAAGGUAGGGUCCAUUUUACAGUCAAACCGGAUGUUCUCUUGCUAGCAACAUUGCACUAUUGUCCCACAAUGUUGCAGUUUUGAUAGGUAGAUUGCUCUGAGCAAUUUGCAACCGACGCGAACAAAUUGCAAGUUGAAAUUCGCAAAAGAUUUGCGCAGAACCUUUGGAGAAUGGUUUAGCUGAGGACAUAGAAAACGAGAAGGUUUCCAUUACCUGGAAUAAGUAUGUUGAGAAAUUCAUACAUUUUUAAGAUUCUGGGGCCGGUUGUAUAAAAAAGUGAUUAAAGUUAACUAUAGUUAGUGGAAACGUCAUCCAAUAAGAAGGCGUAUUUGAGAGUCAAUCACUAUUAACUACAAAAUAGUGAUUAAGAGUUUUAUCAACCGGCCCCUGGAUAUAUAUUUCCUUAAGGGAUACUGUCUCGCUAAAUUUUAAGCCAAAGUGGCUUGACAGUUGUAUUCAGCUAGUGGCUUGUAUUCAGCUACUUAACUGCUAAUGUCAAGAUAAAUAAACUUUAAAAGAUAUGUAGACCAAAUAACUCAAAAUGUUUAGCGCUUCUAAAUAUUUGAAAAACUUAUACCAGGAUCAAAGUUAUCGGUUAGAGAAAAUGAAAAAUCGCGCCGCGUUGUCGAAUCGCGUCCGGUGUGUCUCGGCCUUUAAAGUAACCAACUUACAUUGUUAUUUCGUUCAGAAAGCGACUAGGCGAGUUCUUCCAGACGAAGUACGAUUGGGAUUUAUUGGCAGCGAGAUCUAUAUGGGCGUUUGGACCUAUUCGCAGGUUGACGUAGCCGUUAGACUUGCUCCAAGUCUCUCUUUCAUUGUCAUAUAGUAUCAAUCCACUAUAGUGUACAUUACAUGACGUAGUACGGAGGGGCGGAGCGAGAAAGAGAGACUUGUCAACUUCGGAAAAUCUCGGUUGAAAACUGAACAGAAAAUGCAAGACUUGCUUUAAUUGUUUUCCUUCAAUUUCUUUCUGUAUUAUUUACUAUAAUGGAACUCAUGUUAUUUACACUGUGCUAGGUCAAUACUAGACUUGCCCAAGUCGCUCGCUAGGGACCGCGCGUAGCAAGAAGGGAGCGCUUGAGAAAGACGGAAGCGAGCGACUUGUGUCACUUGCCUGAUUUUGAAUCUUACUGGAAAAAUUUGGCGCGAAAAUCAGUUAUGAGAUAGUGGGCGUUCACCAUGUCGAUUUCACUAGUUACUCGCUGGGGCCUUCCGCACACAGCCCGCAAGUCGCAGGCUUCAACACUGAGCUAUAUAUUUCAUACGUAAUUCUAAUACAUAACUUCAAUAAGACCCGGGAUGGGCUCCCUGUGACUGAAUCUGAAUAUAAACGAGCCAAAGGCAAAGACAAUUUCAAGGUAAAAUUAUAACUUACAGUAAACUACACAACGUACUUUUACUGUAAUAGAUAACUACUUUACGAGAAGCAUAUUGGUGUCAUAUCAAUAUAAAAUUUAUCCAACAAACGUUUGAUCCUUGAUAACUUUGGUAUCGUUGGUUUUCUCUUUUUCGGCCGUAUACCAGUGGAUUUGUCUCACUUCUCUCUUCAUUUUGAUAGUAUUUUGUGCCCAAAGGCCUCAAACUAUUUUAUUUUUAACGUUUUAAAGCGCAGUUUAUAAAUCCUAGCUGGUGGACUAACGCCGGCAGUUUUGUUUGUAUAGGCCGCAUUGCAUUGUACUGUGUCUGAUUGUAUAAAAUCAUGAGCUGGGCUCAUUAUAUUAACAGAAACUUCAAAACUGAGCCACCUACCUGCAAUACAAACCUAGCCAAUUUGAGAGCGGCAGCACUCUCCCCUUGACAAGCAAAAUCGACUUGUAUAUAAGACAUUAAAAUAAUAAAGUAGGUUGCAUGAUGGACAGAGCACUGUUACAUGUUGAUAUAGUUCAAAACAGAGUGAACAAAUCUGUAACUGAAAAGUUUAAUCUUCAACCCUUUGUCGCUCGUAUUCGACAGUUCCGCUUAGCUCGGGACAACCAACGGACAACCAUAAAUCUUAAGUGAAACAACUGUGUACUGCAUGCAUGUAUGAAUCAUAUACGGUUAGGUGCGUGUUUGUACGGUGUAUAGCCCCAGCGAGUUAACGCUCUAUAGAGCGUCUUGUUCAUUAUUGUUUUGUUCAUGCGACUUUCCAUAUAUUCACAAUGGAUGGCGAGUCUGUUUAUCAAUGGUUUGUAUUAAAUAUAAAUUUUACAAAAUGGCUAGUGAUGGGCGAUACCGAGUACUCGGUAUUCGAUACCAGCGAUACCACAAACAGCGGUAUCGGUAUCGAUUACUGACGUGGUAUCGUUCGAUACUUGCACCCUUUUUUAACGACUUGUUUAAUUUCACUUCUUGGUUGAAUAAGACUUAAUGAACCACUAAAAUAACUCUUAAUAUUCCAAAUGUGGUGCGCCAAGUCAUGUAUAGAAAAUAUUUAUUACGUUUCGGACUUUUGGUUUACAUAUAGCUUUAUUUAGGUUACAUACAGUAAUGAAAAAUUUUUUUCCGCUGACCGGUAGGUAUCGAAAGUAGCCGAUACUAGCAAUUUAAGUACUCACUUCCGGUAUCGAAAAUUGAAAUUUUGUGUUCAUUUUGGUAUCGAAAUAGGUAUCGGUAUCGGCCGAUACCGAUCUUAAAAGUAUCGGUAUCGGUAUCGAAUUAAAAAUCCUGGUAUCGCCCAUCACUAAAAAUGGCGUCGUUAGUACAGAAUAAUAAUGAGCAUUCACUGACGUCACCGGAGCAAAAAUGCACCGGUGAUUUUGGCGCGCUUGCGGGUGACAAAAGUCCGUAGCUUCCAGGAACCACGAACCGCGGACUUUGGAAAGUCUAGGUCAAUACAUAUAAACACUGACAGAAAACAAUUAAAGCAAGUCUUGCAUUUUCGGUACAGUUUUGAACCGAGAUUUUCCGAAGUUGACAAGUUUUUCUUUCUCGCUCCGCCUCUCUGUUCUACGUCAUGUAAUGUACACUAUAGUGGAUCGAUAUGACAAUGAAAGAUAGUGGAGCAAGUCUACGGAUCCGUCGACCCGAAAAUUUUAGGGUGGGCGAAACGUAGGUUUUUUGCGUAAGCGCUAUUCGUCAUGAUUGAUGAUUCGUCACUCAGCAAGUACCGUAAACAGAAGCAGUCGCCCCCCUGGUUAUGAUGCGCUAGCGCUUAUAACGUUUGGUACAACUGGCCUGAAACUUAAUAUAUUGAUUCAAUAAGUUUAAUAUCAAUAUAUUUAUUGAAAAAUAGCUAUUAUGUCAAAAUAAGAAAACUUUAGAUUAUCACGCGAAAAGGCAAUGUUUUUAUGAGCGACUGUUCAUCGUUAGUUGCAGGCGACGGUAAUAUAAACAAGGUCAAGGUUUUAUCGAAAGCGAUUGACUGUUAGAUUUCCUUUACUAUUUUAUAACUAAAUAAUGUUAUUUCCUACAAAUUUAGCUUUAUUGUAGCCUUAUUGAAAGUAUAAAAAAAAACAUGGAAACGGUGAAUUACUACAGAUUGAAAAUAAUUGUUAAACUACGAUUGAAAUUAUCGACGUAGAAUGCUAUGGGUCAUUCCAUUUAUUAUCCGCACCCCCCCUAUGGAUGAGCGGAUUCCUACCGGUCAGAUAACCGGUCAGAUAUUGCGUCAAGGUGUAGCAUACUAUAUUGCCAAAUAUUUAUUAUGAGAAUCAUAAUAAUUUCAUUUAUUAUUCUCACCCCCCCCCCGGUCUGACAUUGGGAAUUAGCAGAUUCCUACCGGUGAGAUAUUGGCAAUUAUUCCUAGGGUUUAGGUUGAUACUGUCGAUUCCAACAGGGUACUUCUCUGAAAUCCGAUUCCUACAGGUAACAUUUUUACCAGAGCUCAUCCAUAGGGGGGUGCGGAUAAUAAAUGGAAUGACCCUAUUUCGUUGUAAUUUCAAUAGUAUUAAUGAGAAUUUUGUUUGUUAUUUUUAAUAUAUUUCAUGUUAUUUACAAAAUGUACUGUAGUUUUGAAGUUUUGCACACAAUAUAAUCCAUACGAGCACAAUAACUCCACUUCAGUUUGAGUAUUAUAUUUAAAUUUAGUAUUUUGAUAGCGUGCAUGGCCUUUCACGCUAUAUAAUAUUACGCCUGAUAAAUAAUCAGUGCGAGCACAGCGGCUCCAAAAUCACAACAAAAUAACAGAAUAUAAAGUAAAUUAAAACAGCAAAGCUUUACCUACCUCGAUGUAUUUUUCUAAGGCGCUCGAUUAUGUAAAUUUUCGGCGAAUCUUUGCAUUUGCUCGACGAAAACCAUGGAAGAAAACGUGCACACGAUCAUAGAUUCAUUAUUAUGCUCGUCCCACGUGAUCUGCCGCAAGUUUCAACAACAACAACGGACACGAAUUUUAAGCUAUAUGAUAGUUGCAUGCCAUAUAUGGGCAUGCAACAAAAACCAAUGGUUCCAUCGUCUUCCAAGUGCUAACACCGCAUAUAAUUUCCUCUCAGGCAACUCCACGUUUAAUGGAACCGUGUGCAAGCACCAGCAGAUUGUGUUUCAUCAGUGUACACAGUGUUAGCACGACGAAGGUAAGUUACUUCAACAUGAAAUUAUCUUCCCGUCGUGAAAAUGUUGUGUUUUCUUUGGCUUUUAUUUUAUUAUACUUUUGUGUUUCCUUAUUAAAUUUACUGCUAUGGUGGGGAAUGUUACGAUUUUGAGAACAAAAAUAAUCCUUUGUCCUCACUAUAAAGUGAUUUUGUUGCCGAAUGAAAAGAUUAUGAUAAUAAGGACGAAUCUGUAUCCGAUUUACAUUGAUUAAUUUAACAUUAUGAAUUUUUAUUAAAUUUGUUGCUAUGUAUUCUUUUUAUUGUAGAGGUCACGUGACGCAGGAUGCUCCAGUGCCAGGCUCUCCUCUAUAUACAAUCAAAGCAUUCAUUCCAGCAAUUGAUUCGUUUGGUUUUGAAACCGAUCUCAGGACACAUACACAAGGUCAAGCUUUCUGUCUGUCAGUAUUCCAUCAUUGGCAGGUAUGUUCCGUCAAAUGUAUAAAAUGCACACUCAAAUUUUCCAUCUACAAAUAAACUGUAAGGUGACGCAAUACGAGCAAGACAAGUUAUGCAGCUUGCACCCAAACUGAUUUCGAAGCAUGCAUGUUACUGAGAAACGUUUAGGAAUGUUGUAACUUAUGCGUGAACGUAUACGUGAAAUUAGCUUUUGUUGCAGCAACUUUGUUGCCCGUACAUUGCAUCACAUUUACUUGGAAAAGUGAAACUAAUUUUAGUUUGGUCCAUAAGGUACGACCAGGUACAUUUUUGCAAACAUGUACAGCAGUGCAGGGCCAAUGUUAGCACUUCGUAUAAUAAUUAAUAAUUAACAAUUGUUCAUCUCAUUGUCGGUGAAUAGUGCAAGGAUAUUCACCGAAACGCGUUAGUUGAGGUGAAAUAUCCUUGCACUAUUCACCGACACUGAAGUGAAUAAUUGUUUUAGCAUAAAAAUGACAAAAAAACAACGGAAAUAUUUAAAAUUUAAAACAAUUUGUAUUUCAGCUCCCGUAGUAGUUGCCACACGCUAUUAGUUAUUAUUAAACAAAACUUUGUGGCUUUCUUCGUGUUUGGCGAACUUAGUUAUUUUAAUACAAAUAUUUUCGCGCCUGUAACCGGAGGGUAAGCCAUUUUGUUUUUGUGCGGUAGUGAAUGGAAGAGAUUAUUUCGCUGGCCUCAGAGUGACAAAACGUAACAAAGCAACGGUUUUACUAAUACGAACCCUACUCUAAACACCAACUCUAACCCUGAUCCUUAUCCUUACCCUAACCUAACCCUACUCCAAAUUUGUUUCUAAACCAAUCUUGAAGAAAAACGUUUUGACGAAAUGUCAUUCUGAGGUCAGCGAAAUAGUUGAUGCCCUAGUGAAUAGUGCAAGAAUAUCCGGAUAUUUACUCAUAUACAUUAUUUGCUAAUAUACAUUAUUAAUAAUAAUAAUAUACUGUACAUUAUUUGUUCUAGAUUGUCCCUGGUGAUCCACUUGAUAAAAGUAUCGUGAUUCGACCUCUUGAACCUCAACCUGCCACACAUUUAGCAAGAGAGUUUAUGAUCAAAACUCGAAGACGCAAGGUAUCCUAUUUGUGCACAUUCUUCAGUUACACUGUGGUACUAUCACAGCAUAUUGGUUUUAUGAUCGACUUCUUUAA